AUGGUAUUUUUAUCUAGUGAGGUGUGUACAGUUUUAGAACGUCGUUGGGUAGAAUUAACAGAUCCUCGGAUACUCUCUCUCCUUCUACUUCAUGCUGACAAGUUAACCCCGCAGCUGGUAAACCGUUUAGAGGACAGGGUUCAGGACACUGCAGAGGAUAUGGUUGUCUGUGAUAUCGUUAAUAUACUGACCAGUUUGGGUAAAACAGGGAGGCGGAAUAUGCCAGUUUUAAGAUCUCUUGGCUUUCAUCUCGCCAAAAAAAGAUCUUUCCUUGACAUAAAACAGAUUGCAGAUAUUCUUUUCGCCUUCAACCGGGUUUCCUUUAAGGAACAGGACACCCUAGAGCGGAUUCUAAGCUCCCUUGAACCUCUCCUUAGUACCAACAAUAAAACAGCAGUAGUUAGAUCCAUUCUAACCAGUCUAGGACAGUUGAAGCUUUCUAAUCCACCAGUUCUAGAUGCAGUCUGUGACUGGUUUGAUAAGAGAUUAUCGGAGACAAGAGGAGUUGAACCCCGAGAUAUCUCUACCUUACUCCUCACACUUGCAAACCUCAACUAUACUCCACCUGAGAGAGAACAGUUUCUUAAGAAAUGUAGCAGUUUAGUGAAACGGGAAGAUUUUCUGAGUUUACCCCGAGGAGAGCAAAUCUGGGUGGAUAUUGUCUGGUCUCUUGUAAACCUUAAUAUUGCAACCUCUGAACAAAUAUCUUCAGUUUUAGAGAACAAGUUCUUCACAAAAAUAAUAGAAUCUGAUGACAAAUAUACUUCCUUGAAACUGUUAAAUAUUAACGCUGCGGCUCAGCUACUGAACAAGGAUUAUAAAGGUGCCAGUAUUAAUCUGACAGAGAACGGGCAUCUAUCAGAAAUAUCUUUAUCUCCAAGUGUGCAGAAAACUAAACUAAAAAAAUUCAUGUUUGAAACUCUUUCCACCCUCUUCCCUCCUCCCAGGUUUAUCAGUGAGGAUGUGAAGACUGGAUUAGGAUUUACAAUGGAUGCGGAGAUUAUUGUUGAUUCUUUUGCUAAACCUUUGCAGAUCGAACAGUAUUCAGUUCUGCCUGGGACUAAUAAACCACCAAAGGAAUUACCAAAAGGCGCAACAAAAGUUGCACUCUUCAUCAAUCCUUUCCAGGAAUCCUUAAUUGGCGGAGGAUUGACAGGAACAACAAACCUGAAUGUGAGGCUGGCAGAGGCUAAGGGAUACAGAGCUCUUGUUCUAGAUUAUAGAACUAUUGAUGCAAGCAUGAAAACUAUUUCAAGGGUACAGAAGAUUGACGCUCUAGUGAAGCAGACUAUUUCCAAGCAGAAUCAGAGUUAGUGACGACGGAAGGGGGGGGGGCACUGGUAGUAGUGAUAAAUAUAAAAUUGAACACGAAAAUGGAAUCUUUAUUUAAGGGCAAAAUUAAUUUUACGUCGUUUGUCUGCAUUUUUUUAAAAUUUUGAUAUUUAAAGCUUUCAGA